AUGAAUCGCGUUGUGAUCCUCUUAGAGUUAUUAACAUAUUUUAAGUUUAUCAUUGGUAGCAGUCAAAGUGGAAAGUUCAUAUACAGAGGGAAUGUUUCUUAUUCUGAUGUUUCCCUGUUGAUAUCAGAAAUCGGACCUGACGAUGUGUCUCUACGUUACUGUGCUGUAGAGUGCUACAAAAACGUAGACUGUAAUGCCGUGGAGAUCUGUUCAUUUUCUAUCAACAAUGUGUGUCGACUGAGUAUAAAUAUUACCACAAAUCUGUUGUCAGGACAAGGGACUUGUUCUCGCUAUGAAAUCAAACAUGAAUGUGGUGAUGGGUGGUUCUUUAAUAGACGAACAGCUGAAUGCCAAUGUGUAGUAGACUGUAACUGUGAGGCGGUAACACCACCUAGCGGAGGAGUUUUAUCAAAGACUGUGAACUUAGGUGGUUAUGAGAUUCUAACCAACUGCAUCAACACAGGUGGACACGUGUGGACGAUGAUUCAGAGGAGGACUGAUGGUUCUGUUGACUUCAACAGGGGAUGGACAGAGUACAAGAAUGGAUUUGGUGACGUUGUCUCUGAGUUCUGGAUUGGACUCGACAACAUACGCGUUCUCGUUCAGAAUGGUUAUACUGUCCUACGUGUGGAAUUAGAGGAAGGGGCCGAGACUGCUUUUGCUGAGUACAGCAGUUUUUACAUUGCGGGGGAGGCAGACAAAUAUAGAAUACACGUGUCUGGAUAUACUGGGACAGCUGGUGAUGGCAUAUCGUGUACUACUAUGCACUGCAAUAACGACGCUCAGUUCUCCACCCACGACAAUGACAAUGACUUGGUCUCAACAAAUGAAGCUUUGAGGUGGCGCGGUGGGUGGUGGUACAAUGACGGACACCGGUCUAGCCUGAAUGGCGAGUACGGGAACAACAACCACGGAGAAGGAAUCAGCUGGUACUAUUUCAAGGGAUGGGCCGAUUCACUGUCAGGGACAAGAAUGAUGCUUCGUUUAGGAUAAACAGUUGAUGUUUACA